AUGGGUGAAAGCGAGAAGACCAAGAGGCUGGACGACCUAACUGCCUCAAUAAUACAGCUUAUAAACAGCAUGCAGGAGGUAACGGAUGGGCUCUACAGGCACACGUACGACAUAGAUACGGAGCUCCCCCAAAUAAACAAGGCUGUGCUGCAAAGCGCCGAGAAAACUGUAAAAAACAUAAAGGGGGAACUCCUUGUUUCUGAGGAGGUGGUUUCUUACGUGGAGAGCAGAGAGGCAGACAUAAAUGUGCUGUUUGAGUACGUUGAGGAGAAGGAGAAGGAGAAAGAAGUGCUAAAAAACAUGGCCCUGGGAAAGUCAAAGUACUUCAAAAUGCUGCACACAGGCAUGCAGAAAUGGCCCACGGAUAAGUAG